AUGGCUCGUACCAAGCAGACCGCUCGUAAAUCUACUGGAGGCAAGGCCCCACGCAAGCAGUUGGCUACCAAGGCCGCCCGUAAGAGUGCCCCAGCCACCGGAGGAGUAAAGAAACCUCACAGAUACAGGCCCGGAACAGUAGCUCUCCGUGAAAUCCGUAGGUACCAGAAGAGCACCGAGCUCCUCAUCAGGAAACUGCCAUUCCAGCGUCUCGUCCGUGAAAUCGCCCAGGAUUUCAAGACUGACCUGAGGUUCCAGAGCUCUGCUGUUAUGGCUCUGCAGGAGGCCAGCGAAGCCUACUUGGUAGGACUCUUCGAGGACACCAACCUGUGCGCCAUCCAUGCCAAGCGUGUCACUAUCAUGCCGAAGGAUAUCCAGCUUGCCCGCCGUAUCCGAGGAGAACGUAAAGGAGGUAAGGGACUCGGAAAGGGAGGCGCCAAAAGACACAGGAAGGUGUUGCGUGAUAACAUCCAGGGUAUUACCAAGCCCGCAAUCCGUCGUCUGGCUCGCCGAGGUGGUGUCAAGCGUAUUUCUGGAUUAAUCUACGAAGAGACCCGUGGUGUCCUUAAGGUAUUCCUGGAGAAUGUCAUCCGAGAUGCCGUCACAUACACCGAGCAUGCCAAGAGGAAAACGGUCACAGCCAUGGAUGUCGUCUACGCUCUGAAGAGACAAGGACGUACCCUCCUUGCUGGAAACACCAGUGUCGGGGUGCACCUGUUUCAGCACCUUGUAGAUGUAGAUGCUGUAGGAUUCCCUCCUCUUCCUCCUCCUUUUCUUGUCGGUGCCACGGUUGGCCUUUGCCUUGGUGGCUGCCUUCUUGGCGCCUUUAGUUCCGGUAAUCUUGGGUCCCAUGUUUCACAAGCCGAACGCAUCAACAUGUCUGGACGAGGUAAGGGAGGAAAAGUUAAGGGAAAGGCAAAGAGCCGAUCAUCCCGUGCUGGACUUCAGUUCCCAGUCGGUCGUAUCCACCGUCUGCUCCGCAAGGGAAACUAUGCCGAGAGAGUUGGAGCCGGUGCCCCAGUUUACUUGGCUGCCGUCCUCGAGUACUUGGCUGCUGAAGUUUUAGAAUUGGCAGGAAACGCUGCCAGAGAUAACAAGAAGACCAGGAUCAUCCCCCGUCAUCUCCAGCUGGCCAUCAGGAACGACGAGGAGUUGAACAAACUGUUGUCCGGUGUCACCAUCGCCCAAGGUGGUGUACUGCCCAACAUCCAGGCUCAUCACGAAAUGGCUCGUACCAAGCAGACCGCUCGUAAAUCUACUGGAGGCAAGGCCCCACGCAAGCAGUUGGCUACCAAGGCCGCCCGUAAGAGUGCCCCAGCCACCGGAGGAGUAAAGAAACCUCACAGAUACAGGCCCGGAACAGUAGCUCUCCGUGAAAUCCGUAGGUACCAGAAGAGCACCGAGCUCCUCAUCAGGAAACUGCCAUUCCAGCGUCUCGUCCGUGAAAUCGCCCAGGAUUUCAAGACUGACCUGAGGUUCCAGAGCUCUGCUGUUAUGGCUCUGCAGGAGGCCAGCGAAGCCUACUUGGUAGGACUCUUCGAGGACACCAACCUGUGCGCCAUCCAUGCCAAGCGUGUCACUAUCAUGCCGAAGGAUAUCCAGCUUGCCCGCCGUAUCCGAGGAGAACGUGCUUAA